AGACCACCCUGUAUAUUUAGGUAGACGACUGCCAUCCUCAUUUUUUAUUAGUUGAUGUGCCGCAAAUAGAACGUUAUGUACAGUAUAUUAUAUAUGUAUACAUAUACGUAUGUAUGAUUCGAUGGCCAUUAUUACGAUUGUGUUAACGCUUUGUCACAAUCUUAAUCUCCGUCUUUUAUCAGACUGAAUGUAUCAGAAAGUAUGCAUGUGCGGCAGCACAAUGUGCUUUGACGGUAUGAAAAUGAAUAAAUAUCAAAGUCGACAAUGUCUAUGUAAAACUCAUUGUCAGUCGCAUGAGGUGAUGGUGAUUGUUCGGUCAUUUUUCAACUCGACUAGCCUCGUUCAAUGAAGUUAUUUAAAAAUAUAUUUAGCAAAGAUACUUUUUUCAAACAUAAUUUAUCGAAAGCAGUUAGCUUGACAAACAUCAAUAUCAAAUUGAUCCAAAAAUGCCCUUCCGAAAUCUGAAAUUCUUAAUGACAUUCAACAAAGCAUUAGGUAUAUUUUCGUGUAAAUUGAUGAACGGCCGAUUGAAAUCAAGCAGUGCUUGGAGUCGUAGGUUUUGUACAAUGUGGGUCUUGUUUCAUUGUUUAUACAUGAGUAUGUUUUAUUAUGAGAUGUGCAUCGCAUCGCCUGAAAAAGAUAGAAAUUACUUUCUCCUAACUAUCUUGCGGUCUAGUGCGUAUUUUUUCUCCAUACUUCCUUAUAGUUUUGUGGCAAUCUUUUGGAGCGAACAUUUCGUUAAGUUGUCCGACAAACUUGUGACGUAUGACGAACAGGCGAUAGCACUGGGGCAUCAAAGAAGAGACAAACAUGUAUUCUCGUACGUGUUCUUCAUAUACACGCUCGUCACAAUAGGGUGGAAAUUUUAUUACGACAUUAAAGAUGUAUCGAAAGAAAUGAUGGGGAUACUAACCAUGGUGCAAAAUACAGCUCUUACCAUCUGUGGCACCUAUUGCGUCUUAAUAACGUGCAUAUUUCUCGAUCUGAUACGCCAACGUUUUCGUCAUUUGAACGAGACGAUAGUCCCUCACGUUUCGGAGUUACCGGUGACCGGGACGCAGGAUGAGAUCACAGUUUACGACGUACGCUAUUUGCACGGCGUGCUUCUCGAUAGUUCCAAACUGAUAAACGCAUUAUAUGGGAUAGGCACUUUGUUCACCUUUCUGUCAAUACUGCUAGAACUUGUUUGGAUUAUAUACCUGUUCAUAAAAGAUUUGCAGGGGGGCAACAGUAUACAAGACAAUCUUGCAGCGGCAAUGGACUUGCUAUUUCAAACUAUUUAUUUGGUUGCAAUGUAUCACUUUACGACCUAUGAGGCGAAUCGCGUUGAAGAGCGCGUGAUAAAAUAUGGUUUAUCCUUUUCGAACAGAAAGUGCCGCAUGGACAAAAUCGAGAUGUUGCUAUAUUUUUAUCACAGGAGAUAUUCUUUCACAGCCGCGGAAUUCUUUCCACUGGAUAUGACGAUAUUCCUUCCGAUCGCCACUGCGGUACUGACGUACCUAACUUUAAUAGUAUAAAUUAUGUAACAAGAAUUCAGAAAAAUAACAUCGCGAAAGAAAAUACAAAUAUUAUGACACAUAACAUGUGAUGAAGAUAAUACCAUGUUACCUUAAUGAGGGCAGCAAAGGAUUUAUUAUGAAACUUUAAGUAUAAAAUAUCGAUAAUAUGUAAUAUGUAUUUACAAGUCACACAGUGUAAUUAAUUCAUUCGUACCAAUUAGAGACGCGCGAGUCAAAAAUUUUUUUUAUGUCGAAUUGAAUCGAAGCGAAUAGAAUCGUUAAAAUGUAAUUAUUAUUAUAGAUUAAAUUUCAACACGUAGAUAAGAAGAAAUUAUUUUGAUGCAAAAAAUAUGGACUACAUAAUAUGUAGUCGUGUUAUGUAUUCGUUUCGAGAUGAAGAAUACGAUCCAAUAUUUAAUAUAAAACUAAUAACAUAUACUUUAGUUGAUGUCACAGUAACUGAAACAAUUAGGCAAAAAGUCAUGGUGAAAUUAUUAAAAUAUUCUAAUAUAGUAUCCACUAAAGUAUCCAAUAACAUUAUCGAAUUACAUGUAUGUGCAUAGUUAAUUAAAGCGAAAUAAUAAAGUUAAUUUUAUUAUCGAUACUAUCCUAUACAGCACAGAUGGUUGCAGUUACAUUGC